UAACCAAAUAUAUAUAUCAAAUCAAACUAAUAACCAGACAUCAUGAAGACCUUGUUCAUCCUCGCUCUCCUCACCCUCGAGGGGACCAACGCUGUUGCGCAGUUGGACACUACCUGUAACCAGGGCUCCGAGCAAUGUCAGCAGCAGCAACAACCAUGGCAACAAUGGCAGCAGCAGAUGGACCCAUGUGUGCAAUUCCUGCGGCACCAAUGCAGCACAGUGACACUGCCAUUUGUGCAGUCGCGUAUGUGGCAACUUAGCAGUUGCCAUAUAAUGCGACACCAGUGCUGCCAGCAGCUAGCGCAGAUCCCAGAACAGUUCAGGUGCCAUGCUAUCCACAACGUGGCUCAAGCCAUCAUGCAGCCGCAGCCCCAACAGCAGUGGCAGGGCAUGUACCAGCCCCAGCAACAAGCUCCGCUUGAGAUCAUGAUGAUGUCGCUUCAGAUCUUGCCGUCGAUGUGCAGCGUGUACGUCCCGGCAUACUGCCAGGUGUAGCGGUGGAUGAGUCUGUGAAUCAGUAAGAGUGCCUGUACUAGUUGCAACUUGGAAAUAACAACCAACAUCUGUUUCUGGAUGAAUAAAGGAUUUUCCUGACUAA